UUUGCCAGUGACUUUGAAAAACAAAAUGAUCUGGAAAUACCUAAGUUAUAUUUGCCACAAAACACAUUAAUUUUUUCUCAUUUUUCCUGUAAGGACUUUUUUGUAAAUUUUAAAAAAAACAAAACAAACAAACCUAACACUCAUAGUGAAAGAGUUUUUCUGGUGUUUAUGGGGCAUCAGUUUUUGUGGUUCAUCAGUGAACUGACAUUUUACUCUUAUUUAUGUUCCUCAUUAUCAGAUUCAUUCCACAGCAACAGGUUAAACAAGUCCUGCAUGACACUGCCCUUACUGUGAAGCACUGUGAAGCAGGUGUUGACACAAUAAUGAUACAGUGUGCGGGACGGCAGGACAAGACUAUACAACAGGUCGAAGUAUGAUGUCUUCCGGGUUGGCUGUGCUGUGUCUCCUGCUCCUGCACACUGGAGCUCAGGGCUUUGGGAUAUUACCAGGAAAUUCUCUGAAUCACCUGGAAAUUACUGAGAAAGCAAUUUUAAACACAACUGUGCAGGUGUGCCGCGCUUUGGCCCAAGCAGAGGGGACAGACUUCACUUUUCCUGCACAACCAUUCACUGCCGAGGGUGUUGCUGUAGCUUGCAAUGCGGCAAAAUCAUCCAAGAAUUUCCGCCAAGCCAUUUUAUUCAUCAUGUUGAGGAAUAUACGAGUGGACCUCCGUUACGCCCUUAAUGCAAGCUUCCACUUUGAUGAAGAAAUGUUUGUCCAAGGACGGAAAAUCAUCGCUGAGGGAAUACUGGCUGUCAAAGCAAGCAACAAGCAAGAGAAUUUUGAGGCAGCCAGGCAGACACUGGGAGAGAUUCUUCAUCCUUUACAGGACUUCUACAGUCAUAGUAACUGGGUGGAGCUGGGGAACAAAGCACCGAACUCCAAUCUGCUCAGAUCAGAUACCAGCAUUGGUAACAUAGCAGAGGAAAGCAGGGCUACGUGUCGCAGCUGUGAUGGACAGGACUGUAGGAACAACAUCUUGGAGGACAUCAUAAAUGAAAGAAUACUCACCUCUGGAUAUUUUGGUGUUGUGCCUUUCGUCUCAACCAAACCAAAAGGAAAAUGCAGCCACGGAGGAGCAGUUGAUCAAACAAGUACCAUCGAGCCUAAAGGUGGCAUCAACAAAGACACUUUCGACUCCAGCCAUGGACACCUCCACACUGAUGCAGCAAAUCUGGCCAUAGCUGCAACCAGUGAACUACUGGAGGACAUUCGAGGGGCUGCUGGCGACAGACCGUUUUUACAGAUGAUGGGAAUCACCAAGGGAUCCAGUAAAGCUCUUUGUUUUGUGAUUGACACGACAGCAAGCAUGUCUGAUGACAUUGCAACAGUGAAGAGCGUCACUUCCUCUAUAAUCGACAGUGAAGUGGGAACAGACAACGAGCCCUCGCUUUACAUUCUUGUACCUUUCAAUGAUCCAGAUUUUGGGCCACAGAUAAGAACCACAGACGCAGAAGUCUUCAAGAAUGUUAUUAAUUCAUUAUCAGCAUCAGGAGGAGGAGAUCAGGAGGAAAUGAGUCUUUCAGGGCUUCAGCUGGCUCUGACUGGCGCUCCUCCAAAUUCUGAGAUCUUCCUCUUCACAGACGCGCCUGCUAAAGACAAACACCUGAAAAGCACAGUGGUCGCACUCAUAGAGCGCACCCAAACAGUGGUGAACUUCAUGAUUUCUAGCACAACGAUGGUCAAUCGUAGGAGACGGAGGGAUGACAGACAGCUGCAACAGAGCAGGAUCUCAUCAUCGGAUGCCCAGCUGUACCGAGACCUGGCUCAGACUUCAGGAGGUCUAGCUAUUGAAGUGACGAAGAGUGAGCUGCCAGAGGCUGUCAGCAUCGUAACACAGUCCUCCGUCUCCUCGCUGGUGACCUUUCUGCAGGCAGCCCGGAACCCAGGAAAGGCUGAUAAUUUCUCAUUUAGAGUUGAUGAAACUGUGACAGACCUUAAAGUCUACAUUACAGGGCGCUCCGUCACCUUCACCCUCAUCAGCCCCACAGGUGAAUCUCAGCAAAGCACUGACACGACAGGAUCAUUGAUCACUACCUCCAAGACAGUGGGAAACUUUAUGACUCUGCAGCUCAAAAUACAAGGUGGACUAUGGGAAAUAAGAAUGGUGUCAACUAAUCCCUACACCUUGAAGGUCAUAGGUCAGAGUCCUAUUGACUUCUUGUUUGACUUUGUGGAGGCAUCACAGGGCCCAUUUCAGGGAUUCGAUGCUCUUGACACACGUCCCAGAACUGGUGUCAAAGGUAACUUACUGGUGUCUUUAACUGGGAGUGACACCGCCACCGUGACAGAAGUUGCUCUGGUUGAACUGUUGGGGUCGGAGGAGAUUAUAGGAUUAGCAGAACCACAGGAGAAUGGAAACUUCUUAGUUCGGGUUGACAGGAUACCUUCAGUUGAGUUUGUGGUGCGGGUGAAGGGGCGGACUGAUGGUGUUAACCCGAGAACUUCAGUUGUCUUUCAAAGACAGUCACCCACCAGCUUCAGAUCCUCCAAUGUGACAAUUACUGCUGACUCGGACAGCAUCUUGGUACCAGGGACGCCUUUCUCUGUGCCCUUCUCUGUGAUGACCAAUGGAACAGGGGGAAACUUCACCAUCCGAACCACCAACAAUCGACUUUUUGAAUCAACAUCUCCAACCAGUUUGUUUCUGGAAAAUGGAGAAAGUGCUAAUGGCACAGUGACGCUCUCAGCACCUCUUAACACUCCGUCGGGUACUGACGUCACCCUGACCAUUGAGGCAGAGGCUCCGGGAGGCCAAGAUACAAACUAUGUCGUGCUGCGUUUCUCCAUUGUCAACACGGUGACCGAUUUCACUAAGCCAAAGUGUGAGCAGCUCAGCCUGCAGGCCAACUGCUCUGAAAACUGCAGCUUGUCCACGUGGAUGCUUUCUGUCCGUGUGACUGAUGGGGAUGAAGGGACGGGUGUCGACCGGGUUAGCCUCAAACAGGGCAACGGUACCAUGAACACUAGCCUGGUCGCUGGCAACGAGAACAUAACGCUCGUGACCUACAGUGCGUCUUGUUGUGCGCCUGAUGUGGAGCUGCUGGUUGUGGACCGGGUGGGUAAUGUAGACACCUGUUUCUUCACUAUCCGGGAAAGUUCACCAGCCGCUAUCUCGUUUUCCACCAGAGUCACACAGAUGCCUCUUUUUGGCCUAAGCAUAGUGGUGUUAGGGCUCCAUAUACUGACAGAUCUGGGAAUCCAGUGACCCCAAGUUAAUAUUGUAAAUAGUUAAAUCUGCAUCAAUCUAUACAUUAACUUUAAACUGACUAUGUGCACUGUGAGAAGGCUUGCCAAACCCACAAACUUUAAGCUGCUUUAGCUCAAUGUUUCACUGUGAAUCACUUUUUUAUGAUUCAGUAUUGAUCGAUAAUUGAUCGUUUAUUGUUUUUCUUUUUUGUGUAAAGACUCAGACUCGGCUCAGGCUCAGGUUGGAGUAUUAUUGACUGUUAAAAAGUUAAAAAGAAAAUUCUCCCUCUUUAUUCGCCUUCUGACUCUGCUGAUUGUUUGUGUGUCGAUGCUUUGAAAGUAGUUAUGCAAUGUCUAAAAGGAUGCAGGAGAGGAGACAGGAUAGCCAAAGUGGGCUGAAUACUCUCAGUUAUUCAGGUGAGGAAACACUAUGGCCUUGGGUUUCCACACAGGCCAGUGGAUCCUCACAGACUGGAAUAGUUAAAGAUGAGUCGGCCACUUUUUAGCUUCUCACGUGAAGGAUUAACAGCACUUUGAGGUGGCAGGUGCUCAUUUCUCACCAUGAGCAAUGAAAGUAAAAAGGAAAUGACGUGUUUUAACAACAGACAGAAGAGGAAGACUUUUUUAAAAAACAUUGUUUUUAUUGUCGUUAUAAUGUGCCUAAUGUAUAAUCCUUUACAGAACACAAAACGUUUUGCUUUUCACAUUUUGCUACAAGUUCAACAAUUUUUCUCCUUUUUCUUUAACACUAUUUACAUUUUGAAAAUUUUCAGAGAGAUGUAAUAAAUAAACUGGUCAGUUUGUGAGGCAAAAA